CUUGUAUGCCAGCCUCGCGUUCUCCACAGCCUAAGCAUAUCCUGUGACCUCCCGACAGUCUGCCUGUUCAAGAUGGCCGCUUAAGUGGAGAAUUUACACCUCUCCAGUAAAACUAAUCCAGCAGCUAGCUGGCCGAACAACUUUUACCGUGGAAUUACCCUAAGAUACCAGCAACGUUUUCUUCUGCGUUACAUCUGAAGAGAAGCAUAAUUGUUGAGGUUCGAGACAUGGAGUAAAACAUACUGAAACUGUAGGGCAUAAAAAGCCUCUUUCCUUUAGUGCAGCAUGGACAGCUUCUUCAAGGCAGCUGUAUGUGAUCUGGACAAGCUGCUAGAUGACUUUGAACUCAAUAGUGAGGAACACGAAGGCAGGCCUGUUUCUCUGAAGCCCUCUGUGUACCCCUUCUCCUCACUUGGCCCUCAGUGUUCACCCACAGAGCUGUCCCCAAUUCCACCAAGCCUCCCGGACCUUAAUUCUCUUCAUUAUGGAUUGACACCCAGCUGUCCUGAUGGUUCUGCCAGUCAUAACCAUAACCGCAGCACUGAUAGAGAGGUCAAAGGUCAGCCUCUCACAGGUGUGGACCUUCUGUUGUCUGUGGAUCGCAGGUCAGCCAAAAGCUCUACCCCUCCCUGUCCAGACAGAGCUUUGAAACCUGUCUGCGACCUUGUGAAUGACACAAGCUCAGCCAUUCUGGUCAGGUCCAGUAGCCAUGAUGCCUUCAGUAAGCUGGACAUGGUGGAAAAGCAAAUGGAGGAAGAGGAGGCACUGCUUGUGGAUUUUAACAGCCCUGAAGUAGGACAAGAGCAAGAGGGUGCACGCCAUAGUCGAGACACCCAAAAAGAGCAAACCAUUGUUGGUAAUGGAGAUGUACUGUUGAGUCUAGAUUUACAUGAGCAGAGUGGUGGAUACUCUGCCUCACUCAGUCUGCUUGAUGUCAUUCUCCCUGCAGCAGUGGAAAGGAGCUGUGAUCCCACAGAUCAUUCACUAUCUUCAAUAGCUACUGACUUAACUAAUAAAGAGGAGGGGGACAGUGAAGGGGGGGAUAUCUCUGACCAAGUAGUUGAGAACGCUGUGGAGCAGAGUGAUCUGGAUCCUGUUGAUGGUGUUAAAGAAACUAGAACAAUUAAAGUUAGUAAAGAGAAUGAGUCUCAUGAAGUCUUGGAUGAAUGUGAAGCAGAGCGUCUUCCAGGUCAGGAAUCUGAAGCCUCACACAGUGAGCCGGUAGCCCUAUCAUGUUUGCCCAUAGCUGUGUCCAUGUGCGGCGCUCUUGUGAACCCAAAGACCACAGAAGAUGAUUCAGGGGAAGCUGAGCCAUGCAUUGAUGCAGAUGUAUCUGAGAGCACAGAGGCAGAAUCCCUGUCAGGCCUGGAAGCCAAGGAGGAAGAGUCCCGUUCAGAGGAAGCCGCGUCCCAUCCGGAGGCACCCGCUUCACAUCCGGAGGCACCCGCUUCACAUCCGGAGGCACCCGCUUCACAUCCGGAGGCACCCGCUUCACAUCCGGAGGCACCCGCUUCACAUCCGGAGGCACCCGCUUCACAUCCGGAGGAACCUGCUUUACCUGCUUUUAUGGCCCAGGAGGUUGCAGAGGGCAGACAGUCUCCAGAGGGGCAACAACAGAUUUUUCUUGAAGCUUCUACAGAUCUUACCUCCACCAAUUGUUCAGAAACCAGCCUAGUAGAUCCUCCAGAGUUUGGUUUCGAGUACCUGCCUGAGAGCGACCAGGCUGAGCUGCUGGUUACAGAUGAGGAGUUGGAUGCUUUCCUGCAAGCACAUGCUGAAGCAGAACAGGGUGUUUCUUAUCCUGAAUCUCUCCCAGAAUCAAACAGGGCUCCAGAGGACAGGCUUGUAAAACAGGACUUAGGUCUACCUUUUCCAGAAAGUGCUCAAGCAAUAUGUGUAUCUGCAGAGGGGAGCAUUAACCCUGGUGCUCUAUCAGUAUCAGAGGACUCUUGCAGACCUUGGCAAGACUAUUCUUCUGGGGUAAGCUAUUCUCUGACCAGCAACACUUUCCAGUCCCAGCACAGCAGUAGCCCUGAUCUACAACCCUCCUAUGGAGGUGCAAGACCUAAACAGCUGCACUGCCAAACUGCAAUAUCUCCAGCAGCAGGAGAAGAGGAGGAGGAGGAGCUGGCUCAGACGUUAAGUGCUUCUACAACAGUGCCAAGUACUGCAGAGGAUGGAAAACGUUCACCAAUAAACCCCAGUAUUACAGAUGAGCAUUCCAAUUUUAGGGAUUCUAACCCUUCAUAUGCAACUCAGGAGGAUCAGGAUUACAGUGUGGUGUAUGAUGAACUGUCAGAACCCCCACCUUACCCUGGGGAGUUUACCACAGACAGUACCAAGGCAGUGAGCUGGAAAAGGGAGGGAGUGGAGGAGCUAGGGAACAGACAGCCUGCUUGGGUCCCAGACUCUGAAGCUCCCAACUGUAUGAAAUGCAAUCAGAAGUUCACUUUUACCAAGAGGCGGCAUCACUGUCGUGCCUGUGGGAAGGUUUACUGUGCUGUGUGCUGCAACAGGAAGUGUAAACUGAAAUACCUGGAGAAAGAGGCUCGUGUAUGUGUCCUCUGCUUUGACACCAUUCACAGAGCCCAGGCUCUGGAACGGAUGAUGAGUCCUACAGGUCCUAGCCCAAACCCAAAUGUCCCAUCUGAAUACUGCAGCACAAUCCCCCCUUUACAGCAGGCCCGUGCUGCUGGUACUCUAAACUCCCCACCACCUACUGUCAUGGUGCCUGUGUCUGUUCUUAAACACCCAAGCAAUGACGGUUGUCCUCGUGAGCAAAAGCGCGUGUGGUUUGCUGAUGGUAUCUUACCCAAUGGAGAGGUGGCAGACACCGCCAAGCUGUCUGUGAUGAGCCGCAGGAGCUCCCAAGAGUUCAGUGGUGUCACCCCAGAUGAGACAACACCUGGCUUACCUGGGGCAGAGACCGGAGUUAAUAGUGCAUCUUCCCCUGAGGCUGCUGUGGCAGCAGAGGUAGUUUGCCGCCCAGUGUCUGGACCCUGGGAUUUUGCGUUGCUUUGUGGAAUUGGUUCUUCAGUGAACAGUUUUCCCAGUCUGCUGCCAGACAAUGAAGACGAGCUGCCUCCACUGCUCAUUGCCACUGGAGAGGACGAAGGAGGAGAUGUUUUAGUUGAGGAGAAUCCUGCUCCAUGUCAGAUUCUGCACUUACUAGAAGAAGGCGGACCACGUCCUCUGACAUUUAUUCUUAAUGCCAACCUGCUAGUCAAUGUCAAACUGGUGACAUACUCUGGCAGGGAAUGCUGGUGUUUUGGCUCUAAUGGGCUGCAGGCUCUGGGACAGAAAGAGUUAGUAUUUCUGUUGGAGUGUUUGCCUCAAGAAAAAACUCUUCCCAAAGACCUUUUUACCAUAUAUCUCAGCAUUUACCAGGAUGCCCAAAAAGGCAGGUUUGUGGAGGAGCUGGAUAAUGUGACUUUUACAAGUAGUUUCUUGGGCAGUAAGGAUCAUGCUGGGAUGGUAUUCUUCUCUCCCACCUGCCAGUCUCUAGACGGCCUCACUCUCCCUUCACAGCCAUUCUUGUUUGGCCUGCUCAUUCAGAAACUGGAGGUGCCCUGGGCCAAAGUCUUUCCACUGAGACUGCUUUUGCGUCUUGGAGCUGAAUACAACUCGUAUCCCACCACACCGAUAAGUAUCCGUUUUCGGGAGUCAGUGUAUCGAGAGACAGGACACACCAUUAUGAAUUUAUUGGCUGAUCUAAGGAACUACCAGUAUAGCCUGUCAGUGGUGGAGGGCCUGAGGAUCCACAUGGAAAUGGGCCACAGCUACAUUGACAUUCCCAAAAGUAGCUUCAGUGAGGUGCAGAAGGUGAUAAAUGCAUCCAAUGAACAUGUCAUUAGCAUUGGAGCAAGAUUCAGCUCGGAGGCCGACUCUCACCUGGUCUGUUACCAGAAUGAGGAGGGAAAUUACCAAACCCAGGCCAACAGCAUGCCUGGGAAGUCUCGGACAGUCACUGGGGCCAGUUUUGUGGUGUUCAAUGGAGCACUUAAAGCCUCCUCAGGUUUCAUUGCGAAGUCCAGCAUUGUAGAAGAUGGGUUGAUGGUGCAAAUCCCUCCAGAGACCAUGGAAUCUCUUCGCUCUGCCCUCAGGGAGCAGGCAAACUUCCACAUACCCUGUGGCAAGAUUAAUGAUGAGCAGCUCAGAGAGAAUGUGACUGUCCGCUGGGUGGAGUGGAAUCCACCUGUCAACACAGGCAAAACUAGUGGAGUUGAUGGAAGAUCCCUAGAUGGAGUGCGUAGUGUGAGGAUGCAACAAGACACUGAGUUUGAGUCAGACGGUCGGCUGAUUACAUGCACUGAGGUAUUCUACCAGCUGAAGUCUCCAGACUGCAACCUGGCAUCUGUCCUAUCGUCCUGCAGUGUUUUUCAGAAGGAGAUAGCCUUGGCAACCUGCAGUGCUCUCACUCCUCACCUCGCCGUUCUCACUUCCAGCGGCAUCAACUCACUCUCACUACGUGUCUCGACACAGGCUGACAUGGUGGAGUACCAGGCUGGCUCCAGAGGCAGUCUCCUCCCACAGCGCUACAUGAAUGAGAUGGACAGCGCUCUGAUCCCUGUCAUCCAUGGGGAGAGUGCAAGUGUGCCACAGACCGCCAUGGACAUGGAGUUCAUGUUCUAUAUCACACAUGCCAUUGAAUGUGCAUGUAGACCAUGACACGCUCAGUUUUGGAGGCAAAAAAACAAAAACAAAGCUGCAGCUUCAGGCAGGAUGCUUGUUCACAGCUGGAGCAGCAGCCACCCACACAUGAAGAACAUUUCCACUCUGAGGUUCGUGAUUUAGAGGGAUCCAUGAUUGGAUGAUGGUUUUCUGUUAAGAAGCCAUUGUACUUUUGAGUGUUUCAUAUUCACCGAAGCUGCUUUAAUACAAGAAGCCAAACACUAAACAAGAAAUAUGACAACAUGACCAAAAGCAACCAAACUAUUCAAAGCGCUUUCCUCUGCUCUGCCUUCCAGACUCCCUGCUGGCCUCCGUCAGUGUGGAAUAACUCAGUGAAUGUUUCCUACAGACACUAUGGAAGUGGCUCUCAUUAUUUUUACAUUAAAAGUAGGGACAUUACUGAGCGUAGACAGGUGAUCAGGUGCUACUGUAGAGCUACUUGACAUACACAGCUGGCUUGUUCUAAACACAGGCAGCACAGGGCUCACUUUCUCUCAAGGUACUAUGGUCUCAUUUGACAUGAUGGUUGUGAUGAUACUGCACAGGAAAACAAUGGGCCUUCUGCAGGAAACUUUUUUGUAACUAUGUCCUGGGGCUGGACUGAUGAAUGGUAUUUGAUUUAAAUUCCAACUUUGCCUUUUAAUGAUAAUUUAUAAAAACUAAACCAAACUUCAUUACACUGCACUGCUCUAAAGGACACCUACCUACGUGCCCAGAGUUUCUCCCGGUUUAACUCAACUCGAGCUAAGAUAAGUAGAGUGUUUGAUCAACACGAGUAUCUACAGGGAGGAUUAACAAUCGCCUUUAUGUCUAGAUUGCUCAGGGUCUCUUUUUUUGGGGGGGGGUGUUUUGUUUUCCAUUGAGUCUGCUUUCUGCAACAAGUAACAGUUGGAUAGCAGAGGCUUCAGCUCUCUUCCACUCACAAUGUAACUGCUAUACAGGUGUUUUGGUGCACACACGUCCACUGCUGCUCCCUGCCCCGUUAGCAGCAACGAUCUCCCAACCAGCAUGGCAUGGACCAGUGAUGCUAAUUUUAGUUUUAUGUUAAAAACAACUCCCAAUUAUUUCCCAGCUACCUACUAAAACACUCUGCCUCUCUCACCACUCUCCCCUUUUGUCGUUUAUUUGGUUUUUUUAAUUUAAAUUAUAUUUGACAUUAUAUCCACUGUUAACAAUUAUUGAGUUUUUGCAUAAUGCUUAAGUGUGUUCAUUUUGUGUGACAGAAUCACUGGUUCAAUUGACAUCUAGACCUGUCAUGCUUUGUUACUUGUUCUGCUUUAUUUGUUGUCAGUUAAGUGUUACACAACUAACCAUUGAUGCACAAUAACCUAAGAAGCUGACAGAGAAUAAAGUGUAUAAGUUACCGAUCUUAUAUGUGCCAAUAAAAUGUCAGACUUUAAAGAAAAACGACAGCCAUUAUGACAAAAAUUCCAAUGAAGAUGUAUCCCAGUCAAAGAAACACAUUCCACUGUGGAUAAAAGCAGAGACUGUGCACUACAUUAAACGACAGGUCUAGAAUAUACAUGAAUUUCACAUGACAAAAGUGCAGGAUGCAACUCAUUCAGGGGAGGCAGCCUCACCAAUGCAAACGGUUAGCCCAAAUGAGCUGCCCAGAUGUUUGGCCGUGUCUAGAUGACACUUCGUAAUCCUCUCAGCUGAAAGCAUCUGAAAAACAUUUCUCUGAGCCCAAUUGUACAACAGCAGCAAUAAUCAAGGAUUUAUUUGUUCUUUCAAUUAUAAUUCGUAAUUAUAAGGCCACACUUUCCUUACAGGCAAUGAGAGUCUUUCCUGCAAGAGGCCCAGUGUGUGUCAGUAACAUGGCUGAAGUUUGCAUCUGGAACUUUGCAAAUGUUUUUUGGGUUUUUUUCCUAAAAAGUGAACAUAUGACAGGUAUAUUUCUGCAGGAUUAAGAGUGUUGACCUACUGACCUUGAUGAAACUAGAACUAUUUGGAUAAUAGUAUUACAACUGGUGGAGGUGAGGGGUUAAAAUAUUCUCUUGUAGUUGAAUUUGUCUUUCUUGGUGAGUAGCUGACGUUAAAGCUGCUCAUUACUGAGCUUGCAGGUGUAGCUCUUCUCAAAGCUUUAGUUUCUUUUUCCAUCAUCCUGCUGGCACCAAAAUUGAUCCAAUAGUAUGUUUGUCUUAAAAUGUUUCCAUUAUUAUUUGAUCAUCCAUCUUCACACUGAGGUUUCAUUUCACACUGAGAUCUUACAAAAGAAAAGAUGAUGUCAAUCCUGGACAGUUUUUAUUUCUCAGAAGGAGGUGUAAAUUUAACGAAGAGGAUGUUAUAUUAAUUGUACACACUCUGGAUUAAAAUGUCCUGUCAGGGGAGUUGAUACAAAAAAAUCACUCCUGUUUUUCACAGAGAUGCUCUUUCAGUGUUGAUGACUUCUUGCCAGAUCAAACUCAAAAUGCUAAUGAUUAUUUUCUUCUUUAAGAUGUUUUACGUUAUCUGCUUCAGUCUCAGUUAAAUGUUGUUUUUGCACAGCUAAUGAGAACUCUUUCAUUCAGUUCAUCUCACAACUUUUACUAGUUAUUUAAAAAAUUGAAGGUGAUUCUUUUAGAUGAGAAGAUUGAUUGCACUAUUAUCAAGUCACUAACACAGAUUGUAUAUAAACGAUGGAAUUGGUCACAGUAAUGUCACCAGUUGGUUAUGUGGAGCUGAAGGUGCCUGUUUUCAUUGUGAGCAUCGUAGUGUUUUUGAAUUGGAUGUGAGGCGUGAUGGAUGGAUCAGACUGAAACUAUUGCUAUUCAGUUUGGUCGCCUCCUGUUGGCCAUUUAUAGAAAUUCAGAGUUAAAGCUCUUCCACAUUGGCUUCACUUUACAAGCCCAGAGGCUACCUCGAUCUUUUAUAUAGUCGAUGUUCACGAAUUAGCUUAGCUUAGUUCAGUGUGACGGGUAGAAACGAGUGAAACUGUGUAGCCUGGCCUCAUUCAGCCUUCAAGAACCAUCAAAGCUUACAAAUGAUCCUGUAUAUUUUGUUUGAUCUUUAGAAAGAAGGAUGAAAACUUCACUGGAGUUAAUUGAGUUAAUUGGUGGUUGGUUUUUAGUCUGUUUGCAUGGAUAGAGCAGCUAAUUGUCUUUACCAGCUAACAUCAGACUUAAUGGCUACCAUUGACUGACACAUUCAGUGACAGUUAACAGUAGCAGUGACACUCAAGUAUUGUCACCUUAAUUCUGUGCCGACUACAAGAUGCUGAAACAAUUGGUUAUUUUGUUCUAAUGAAGACUUUGGUUUCUGUUGUAGAAAAGGCAGAACAAUAACAUUUUAAUUAUCAGCCAAAUUAUUAUUUUUAAAUGUUGUUAUUGGCCCAGCUUUUCAGAGCUAAUUCUCUAUUGACUAUUUCUAUUAAGAUAAAUAAUUCCUAUGCUUGGUCUCAAUUUCGUUCACAAUAUUAGUGCACUUCAUGUAGUACUAUAGCUACUACUACAUACUGACUUGUCUAGUAUGUAAGUUUGGACUGAUUAAUGUCUCAAAUGGACAUGUCACGUCCUGUUCUUAAAUGAAAUGACAUUCUGAAUUCUAUCAUUCAAGUAGCCAAGAACUGAGACACGACGGUGGUUUCCAGUCUAAAUGCACACACAAAUGUAAGAGUGGUAUCAAUCUUCUCAUCCAGGUUUUGUCCAGAAGGACAAAAAAAGCUCAUUUCCUCAGUUUAUUGAUUGGAGUAGGAGCUGUUUUAUACUGGGUUCAUAUUUUAGGAUUAUUUAAUGUCUUUAUAACACCUUUAGGCACUUUAUAAAUAUCAGUGUGCUGAUGUGUUGGUUUGACAAACUGCCUUAAGGCAGUCUGUCAAACCAAACCUUUUUUUUUUCUUUUCUUUUUUUGGAUCCAAACUGGCAGUUAUCUCUUAUGAGUGGCAAUAAUAAAUGCUCCUGAAAGUACACAGAGGUUAUGUCCCUGUAAAAUGCAUUCACUUUUGUGUCCACUGUUUGUAUCAGUGUUUUGCAGCCUCCGUUUGUCUAAAGCUAGGUCUGAGUUUUUGUUUUUUUGUUUUGUUUUUUUUAGGGCAAAGUGCAUUGUGUCACAUCUCAUCUCACUUUUCAGUCAGGACUUUUUUCCAAAUGUAUAGAUGAUAUCCUGUAUACAUAGAGAUUGUAUCAAACCUUGUGCAUUUUUUUUAAAUAUUAAAAGUUAUUUUUGAAAUGUUGGUAUAAAAGAAAAAAAGUUAAUAUUUUUGAUAGAAGGUUGGCUACAUUAAUUGUGCAGUUUGUGUAGCAAGCUGUUUGAGAGGAGAAACAAAUCAAGAAAUGAAUGAAUUGUUAUAAGGUGGAAAUAUCUAAUCUCAAAAUACAUGAAGCGCUCUAGUUUGACAUGAAUGUUUUUGGUAAAAAUCUGAAUACUGAGCUUAGUUAUGAACUCUUCUGCAAGUCGUGCUCUAAUUCUUAGCAACAACUGGGUUAUUAUGAAUACUCAUGUAUAGACUUGUAAACCUCCCGGUUGAUUGCAGUCUUCUAGAUGUAUGAAGGUUUAUAUACAGGUUUUUUAAUCACUGAAAUCUGUGAGUUGUUGAUUAACUUCUCCAUGUGAGAUAUGUUUAUUAAACACUAGAAAGGUCAACUGCCGUAACUGACUGUGUUGAUUUUUAGCCAUGCAUGCAAUGACUGAAUGUUAAAUUGGGAGGCUUUCUAGCUUCAGUAGAAAUCUCUCACCCUUGGGAGAGGCCAUGAUCUAUUGCCUGAAAAUUGCAUUUAUGUACACCUAAUCUGCAGAUGAUAUUUUCUGCUAACAUAAAAGGCUGUCCAAAGAUUUAGAUUGGCUAUAAAUCUGACCUGUAGAAAACCUAUGCAAACUAAAUGUGUUCAGUGGACUGAGUAAGCGGAGUCUGAAUCUGUAUUUAUAUUGAAUCUGUAUUUAAGGUCCUUUACUAAACACCAACCGCACUUUAAUCAGGAGCUCACAAAGACUUACUCUUUUCCACCUAAAGCCGCUUUUGUUCUUUAUGGUGGAUUAUCUAAAGUUGUUAUUAUUACUAUUACCACCAUUAUUAUUAUUAUUAUUAUUAUUAUUAUUAUUGUUGUUGUUGUUGUUGUUAUUGAGUAGUUUGAAAAAGGAAAAAUGUGAGUUUUGAUUCUGAUGUAGAAAGCGGGUAUGAGGGGAAAUUGUACCGUUUAUACUGCUGUGCAAACAUCUCUGAAACGUCCGGCAGUGGUUUAUGUAAAACUUAUUGAUUUUUACACAGUCCACCUUUUUUCCCCUCCAUUACAAAAAUGGACAUGUUCUCCUUCCACAAUCCAAAGCCCUAACAGCUUUGGAUUUUGCUACGAGAA